UCAGCUGGUACGGAACCGGAGGCAGCGUGCUGUUGCUCGGCUCAUCGAGAGAUCAGUCAGCUAAAAAUGUUGAGAAUUACUAUUCGGGCGGACGUGGGAGCCCUCUGGGUGUUAUUCUGCAUCACCUAUUCCCAGUUCUUGACCGUCUCCUCCGACGACAUAGUGGUGGCAUGCGGCGGCUUCGUGAAAUCCGACGUUGAGAUCAAUUACUCGCUGAUCGAGAUCAAACUGUACACCAAACAAGGUUCCUUGAAAUAUCAAACGGAUUGUGCUCCAAUCAAUGGCUACUUCAUGAUCCCUCUCUAUGACAAGGGAGACUUUGUUUUGAAGAUCGAGCCACCUCUUGGGUGGAGCUUUGAGCCGACCAGUGUUGACCUCCAUGUGGAUGGAGUGAGUGACAUCUGUACAAAAGAAGAAGACAUCAACUUUGUUUUCACUGGCUUUUCAGUGUCCGGAGCGGUUCUGAGUAAAGGCCAUCUCCUGGGUCCAGCUGGUGUAGAAGUCAAACUCACUCGAGCGGGAACAGAGGAGCGACUUCAGAGUGUCCUCACACAGCCUGGAGGAAAGUAUACCUUUUUAAAAGUACUCCCUGGAAAUUAUGACAUCACAGCUGCCCAUCCCUCCUGGACUCUGGAGCAGAGCACCACCUCAGUGCUCGUUUCCAAUGCCAAUGCCCCGGCCGUCGACCUUCUGGUCGUCGGAGGCUACGAUGCCUCGGGGGAGGUCCGCAGUGAUGGGGAGCCCAUGAAAGAGGUCACCUUCCUGCUGUACUCAGCCAAUGUCAAGAAAGAGGACAUUGGGGGCUGUAACAUGUCUCCAGUGGAGGGGGCAGAUUCUGGGGACAGCUCCCUGGUCUACCUGUGCAGCGCUUUAUCCAGGGAAGAUGGGACCUUCGUCUUCCCCUCACUGGCCAGCGGCGAGUACACCGUGGUGCCCUUCUACCGUGGAGAAAGGAUCACAUUUGAUGUAGCUCCUUCUAGGAUGAAUUUCAACGUGGAACACAACAGUUUGAAACUGGAGCCCAUCUUCCGCGUCAUGGGCUUCUCUGUGACCGGCCGAGUUCUCAACAGUGUGGGUGGGGAAGGUGUCCCCGAUGCCACAGUGUCCAUCAACAAUCAGAUCAAAGUCGUCAGCAAGGAGGACGGUUCUUUCCGGUUGGAGAACAUGACAGCUGGUACAUACACUAUUCGGGCCAGCAAGGAGCUCAUGCUCUUUGAGCCAAUCACAGUGAAGAUCGCCCCCAACACACCCCAACUUCCUGACAUCAUCACAGCUGGGUUCAGUGUGUGUGGCCAGAUCUCCAUCAGCCGCUUGCCUGAGGGCAUGAAGCAGCAGGGCCGCUACAAGGUCACUCUGACGCACCAAGGCCAGGACAAGGCCUCCAGCAGGACCAUCGACUCCGAUCCUCAGGGGGCCUUCUGCUUUCAGGCCAAACCUGGAGACUACAGUGUCCAUGUAUCGCUCCCCGAGCCGGAGGUGAAGGCGGGCCUUGCUCUGCAGCCUCAGGCCCUGGAGGUCUCCCUUGUGGACCGGCCCCUCACAGACCUGCUUUUCACCCAAUUCAUGGCUUCAGUCUCUGGAAAAGUCUACUGUUUAGCCUCCUGUGAUGACCUGUCGGUAACCCUGCAACCAGUGAGUCGGCAGGGAGAGAGGAAGACAAUGGCUCUGUCUGGCAGCAGUGACAUCCUCAGCUUCUCCUUUGACGAUGUUCUACCAGGGAAAUACAAAGUGAGCAUUCCUCAUGAGGAGUGGUGCUGGAAGCAUAAGUCUACGGAAGUGGAGGUUCUGGACUCUGAUGCUUUGGGGGUGGAGUUCAGACAGAUUGGCUACAUCCUGCGCUGCUCCCUCUCCCAUGCCAUUACCUUGGAGUUCUUCCAAGAUGGCAGCAAACCUGAGAACGUUGGCGUGUACAACCUCUCUAAGGGAGUCAACCGCUUCUGCCUCUCGAAACCUGGUGUUUACAAAGUCACCCCUCGCUCCUGCCACCAGUUUGAGCAGGACUUCUACACCUACGAUACCUCGGCCCCCAGUAUCCUGACCCUCACCGCAGUGCGGCAUCACAUGACUGGGCUUAUCACCACUGACAAGAUCCUAGAUGUCACAGUUACUAUCAAAUCAUCUAUUGAGAGUGAGCCGGCGCUGGUUCUGGGUCCCCUGCGGAGCCUGGAGGAGCAGCGGCAGGAGCAGCAGCUGCAAGAGAUUCAACUGCGCCGCCAGGAACGAGAGCGCCGCGCUGCUGAAGAGGACGGCGGUGCCAGAGACGAUAGCCCUCCUAUCCAAGAGAAGGCUGAUGAACUGACCGGCCCCUUCCACUAUGAGUUCUCGUACUGGGCCAGGGCUGGAGAAAAGAUCACAGUGACACCGUCAUCCAAGGAACUGCUCUUCUACCCUCCUGAGGUAGAAGCCACUAUCACUGGAGAGUCGUGUCCAGGUCGGCUGGUGGACAUCGCAGGGCGCGCAGGUCUCUUCCUGGAGGGCAAGGUGUCACCAGAGCUCCAGGGUGUGGAGAUCUCCAUCACUGAAAGAGGAGCUGCUGCUCCACUCAUUACUGUGGCCACUAAUGAGAUGGGAGCAUACAGUGUGGGUCCGCUCCACAGCGACCGACAGUACAACAUCAGUGCCAGUAAAGAAGGUUUUGUCCUCAGUCCUGUGGAGGGAACCCAGGGACAUUUCAAGGCGUUCGCUCUGGCUGGCGUCACCUUCAAGAUUAGAUCGGAGGAGGGUGUUCCCCUAUCGGGCGUCCUCCUGUCUCUGAGUGGAGGACAGUUUCGCUCCAAUCUGUUGACUCAGAACACCGGCCUGCUCACUUUUAAUAACCUGAGUCCUGGUCAGUAUUACUUUAAACCCAUGAUGAAGGAGUUUCGCUUUGAGCCGGUGUCUCAGAUGAUCACAGUGGAGGAAGGUCAAAACCUCAGUAUCGACAUAACUGGCAUUAAGACUGCUUACAGCUGCUACGGAGCAGUGCAGUCUCUGAGUGGGGACCCGGAAAGGGACGUGGCCGUGGAGGCGUUGGGGCAGGCAGAGUGUAGCCUGUACAGCGAGGACACCGUCACCGAUGAGGAGGGUCGCUUCAGACUGAGGGGUCUGUUGCCGAGUUGCAAAUAUCUAAUUCAGCUGCGAGCAGAAGGCAACGACCACAUAGAGAGGGCCUUACCACAACACAGAGCUAUUGAGGUCGGCAGUACUGACAUUGAAGGGGUCAACAUCAUCGUCUUCAGGCUAAUCAACCAGUUUGACCUCAGUGGAAACGUCCACACAUCCUCUGAACAUCUCGCAACACUAUCGGUGAAGCUUUACAAAAGUGACAAUCUGGACAAUCCAAUCAACAGCGUCUCUCUGGGACAGUCCCUUUUCUUCAACUUCCCUCCCCUGGACAGAGAUGGAGAGAGCUAUGUGCUGAUGCUGUACUCCACACUGUCCCGCUCCCAGUAUGACUUCACUCUGCCUCAGGUCACCUUCACCUCCAACGGCUACCACAAGCACAUCACACUCACCUUCAACCCCUCUCGUAAAGUGCCUGACCAGGAUGUUGCCCAGGGCUCCUACAUAGCUCUGCCCCUCACUCUGCUGCUGCUGCUGGCAGCAUACAACCACGAAAAGGUAAUCCCCCUCCUGUUACAGUUGGUGAACCGUAUCCAGGGAGUGAGGAGCAUGGCCCAGGCCAGCGGGGACAACGCUGCUCUGGAUGAAGCCAAACGUCAGGCUAAGAGACCGAAGGCCAGACGUACAUGAGGACACAACCACAGCUCACCUCAGACCACAUCCUAGGACACUAAAUAGUACACUUGCAGCCAUGGUGACAGCCUCACAGAGCACUGCAUGGUUAGCUCUGGAGUAGAUGCUGGUUCACCAAAUACACCUCUUAAUGUUUGGAGUGGCUUAUUGUGGGUGCUCGUGAACUGUUUAGUGCACUGAGAUGUGAUUUGAGAGUGAAGCCCAACACGAACCACUCGACCUGCAUUACCACCACCACCUCAUCAGCCAAUCAGAUUCACUGGACUGAGCUGACAUUUUACAGGUUGCUUUCUUCUGUUUUUUUUUAGAACUCCAGAACUCAUUGUUUCAGAAAAUUGUUAAUAUUUGUGAUAGAAUAUGAGCCAUUUUUAUACCUUUGUAAUUUAUCUAGGUCAACAAAAAAUAUUUUGCUUGUGUUUUAAAAGCACUUGAAUGCUUUUGAUAUCAGUUCUAACUGUGAGGCAACGAUGAUGAUCAUGUGUCUCACCAGCAUUUGGGCCAAUUCAAAAAAUACUCCUCAUAAUUUUUGAAAGAUCUAAUCAUAAUUUCCAGUAUUGGAUAUAUAAAAUAUAUUAAGUUUAAUUUAAUUGAUUACUGUGAAAUCAAAUGAGAAUCAAUAAGAUUUUGAACUUGUGAAAUGAUCAGAAAUAUUUGUUUUGUAUUACUGGUUGCAUGCGUAAUUUGUAAAUGUAAGUUUGUAAAUUUGUAAUGAAUAUUAUAUUUCUUUUUAAACUUUAUUUCACAAGCUCCAAAUCUUUUUGACUUGUAUUUGACCCAGUAGAUCUGACAGUAAAAUGAGUUGACUUAUAAAUGCCAUCACAAACGUGGGCUUGAGUAACUACUGUGAUUGAACGACAGCCAACGCUGUUGACAAGCUAAUAAAUGCUUUAUGUCAUAGCCGAUCAUGUGACACCCACGA